UCCAAAAUAUCCCCCUCCCUCCUCCCUCCCCUUUUGUCUUUUGUUGUUUGUUGGUUUUAGAGAUGGUGAAGAAAACCUUAGGCCGCCAAAAGAUUGAGAUGGCGAAAAUAAAAGAUGAGAGCAAUCUCCAAGUAACCUUCUCAAAACGUCGGUCUGGUCUUUUCAAAAAGGCUAGUGAACUUUGUACUCUUUGUGGUGUUGAAAUCGCCAUUAUAGUAUUUUCACCUGGCAAUAAGGUAUUCUCUUUUGGCCACCCUGAUGUUGAAAACAUUCUCAACCGUUACGUCCACAACACAAAGGAUACUUCUCCAACUUGGCAGCUCAUUGAGGCUCAUCGUAAUGCUAUUAUCCUUCGGCUCAACGCGCAGCUUACUGAGAUGAUGAGCCAAAUAGAAGCCCAGAAAAAGCGUGGCGAAGAGCUUGACAAAAUGAGGAAAGCAAGCCAAGAGCAAAACUGGUGGGAGUCCCCCAUUGAAGAACUUAGCCUCCCACAACUCCAGUUUCUGAGAUCAGCCAUGGCAGAGUUGAAAAAGAUCGUGCAAAGGGAAGCUGAGCAACUUAUCAUUCAGAAUACAAAUUGCCAGCAGCUUUUCCCUGGGAGUUCAAGCCAAGGAACGAACACAAAUUCAAAACAGUUUUUCAUUGGGAGUUCAAGUCAAGAAAUGGAUACAAAUCGACAACAGUUUUUUCCUGGGAGUUCAAGUCAAGGAAUGGAUACAAAUCCACAACAGUUUUUCACUGGGAGUUCAAGCCAAGGGAUGGAUACAAAUCCACAACAUCCACCACAGUUCUUCACUCCCGCACAACAUCCACCACAGUUCUUCACUAGAAGUUCAAGCCAAGGGAUGGAUACAAAUCCCUUCACUGGGAGUUCAAUCCAAGGGAUGGAUACAAAUCUACAACAUCCACCACAGUUAUUCACUGGGAGUUCAAUCCAAGGGAUGGAUACAAAUCCACAACUUUUCAAUGAGAAGUCAAGCCAAGGAAUGGAUACGAAUCCACAACAUCCACCACAGUUCUUCACUGGGAGUUCAAUCCAAGGGAUGGAUACAAAUCCACAACAUUUUUUCACUAGGAGUUCAAGCCAAGGAAUGGAUACAAAUCCACAACACCCACCACAGUUCUUCACUGGGAGUUCAAUCCAAGGGACGGAUACAAAUCCACAACAGUUUUUCACUAGGAGUUCAAUCCAAAGGAUGGAUACAAAUCCACAACAGCUUUUCCCUGAGAAGUCAAGCCAAGGAAUGGAUACAAAUCCGCAACAAUUUUUCACCGAGAGCUCAAUCCAAGGGAUGGAUAGAAAUCCACGACAGCUUUUCCCUGAGAAGUCAAGCCAAGGAAUGGAUACAAAUCCGCAACGGUUUUUCACUGGGAGGUCAAUCCAAGGGAUGGAUACAAAUCCACAACAGUUUUUCACUAGGACUUCAAUCCAAGGGAUGGAUAGAAAUCCACGACAGCUUUUCCCUGAGAAGUCAAGCCAAGGAAUGGAUACAAAUCCACAACAGUUUUUCACUGGAAGUUCAAUCCAAGGGAUGGAUAGAAGUCCAUCAUUGUUUUUCAUUGGGAGUUCAAGCCAAGGAGGGACUCCUAAUUAUGAGACAAUGAACAACAAUAUGGCAUUCAAUGCAAACAUGAUGGGUGGGGAAUACAUUGAUCCGAAUAUGAUAGCUCCAACUCCAAAUUACAAUCCUAAUCCUCCUGCUGAAGGACACAUCAAUCCGAACCCUGAGGGAUCCGAUAUUCUUGCUCCAACUUCUCCAACUUCUCCUGGAUUUGGUCGUGGGCUUUUCUAGUUAAUUAAUUUAUUUGUGUUGAAUAAAAGAAAGAAUGGUAGGCACAGUUUAAGUUCUCUUUAUGGCUCUAUUAUAAUGUAUUUUGGCUUUUGAGUUGGUUCUUGAUGUGUAAUCUUUUGAAUUUGGUUCAAAGACUGUUCCUAUUUCUGUUAGAUUCGGAUACUUAUGAUGAUAAAUAUAAGGCCUGUUAAUUGUCUGCUAAAAAUAAU